UAUUCUACACGAUGCCUAGAAAGGUACAGCCAAAAGUCCUUUCCAUUAACUCAAGGCUUAGGAUCUGUCUCCGCUCAUCAUACCAACAGAACAAGACUCCUGCCUCACAAUCCCAGAAUCGGGAAAGUCAGCGGCGAUCACGGGCUCGUCAGCGAGAACUUGUUGAAGAUCUUCGGAAGCGCUUAGAUGAGUUCGAGCAGCGGGGUGUUAGGGCGACUAUGGAAAUGCAGGAGGCGGCCAGAGCUGUUGUUGCAGAGAACCAGCUUCUGCGUGCUUUGCUCGCCACUCACAACGUCUCUCGUAAGGAAAUAGAGGAUUAUCUCUCAUUGGAGCCUAUGAGCCAAGCGGUUAAGCGUACGAGGUAUCACAAAGGUCGCGAUGCAAUAAGUACUCACAAACUUCGGCCUGCUGAAUCUGCGCAACCUCAAAGCGAGCCCCGUCAUUUGUCUGCAAUGUCAUUUCAUCGACCCACCCACUGUAGAGCAUCACCGAGGCAACUAUUGCUUGCGACAGAUUUCACUGCAAAUGCGCAGUCUGUAUCAGAAUCUGUACAUGCUAGCAUAAGCGACAGCAGCGCUCAAGCGGAGAACGAAAUCCGUAUGCAUGUUGAAGUACCGCAGCAGGAUCGUGCAAGCAUAUCGCACCUAUGUAAUGACAUUGAACACGAUAUCGUCAUGGAGAUGCUGCCUCCAGUGUCAGACUGUUUCUGCCCACCAGAAUCGUCCGCCGCAGGGGACGGCUCAACGGAGACUCUCGAUACUUCGUGCGAGACAGCAGCUGCGAUCAUAUCAGCGCUGACAGGCGAAUCCGACAUUAUGCAGGCUUCCGUUGUUCUUGGUUGUACAAAGCCCAGUGACUGUUUCAUAAACAGCUAAACUCUUCCAUUCAAUGAAUCAGAUAGCUUAGCAUCCUGGAGUUCAGCAGUCAGUCGUUUAUCGUCUACACAAUUGGAGAAACAAUAGGUUGUAAUUUAGCCAUGAUCAAGGCUGAAGAAGUCCUAAUCAAAUAUGGUG